AUGCAUAUCCACACGCUGGUCCAGCCGAAUUCAUGGAUAGCUCUGAGACUUCCAUCAGAUACUCUCAAAGUCCUCCAAAUUGUGCCAAAUACUGCCAUAUCGAUAGGCAAAUACGGAACUUUCUCAAGCAACAGUCUUCUAGAGCGACCUUACAAUCUCACAUACGAAUUGCUUGAUCUACAAGCAGGCCAAAAGGGCUCAACACUUCGCGUUGUUCCUGCUUCAGAACUCCACGCCGACACAAUCGCAGAGGAGGAUGCCGCCGCGAAUCCAAAGAACGAAGAUGACAAGCUUAUAAUUGGUGGCGAUGGGGUCGAGUACGAGCUGGUGGGAGAGAAUGGAGAAGUCAUAAUGCGAUCGAACCGCGAGACGAUAGACGAUGGCGCAAGGCAAACGCUGACUAUGGAAGAGAUCGAGGUAUUGAAACGAGAAGGAACUGGAGCUGGAAAGGACUUGAUCGCGAAGCUGAUGCUCAGUCAUACCGCGCUGGAUCAAAAAACUUCAUUCUCACUGGCCAAAUAUAAGCUGUUAAAGACCAAGAAGUAUCUAAGGCGAUUUACAGUAUUACCUCUGGAUGUUGCUCUCCUGACGGAAUGGUAUCUGAACGAGAAAGAUGGUGGGAAAAUACUCGAAAUGAGAAGUGAGCUGCUAGGCUUGGCUGGUUGUUGGGCAAAUGUUCACUUCUCUGAAUCACUACCUGAUGUCGAGGGUGGAAAAUGGCUGGUGGUUGAUGAAACUGGCGGUCUGCUGGUAGCAGCUAUGGCGGAGAGAAUGGGUAUCCUUCACCCUUCUGAAGAACAAUUGCAAAGUGUUGGUAAAAGUUCACAUCAUAGAGAGGAGCCAGCACCCGCAACAUCAAACACCAUCACUAUGAUACACAAUAACGCGCAGCCAAACUUAAGUUUACUGAAAUACUUUCUCUACGACCCAGCAACUUCGACACCACCCUGUCCAGAUCAUCCACUUACUACACAUCUUCAUUCCCUCUCUUGGCUACAACUCAUCUCGCCAACAGAAGACACAACCUAUUCCACAGCUGUCGAACAGUUAUUGCCUGCCGACCUCGAAGCUCUAAAGCCAGGCAAACGUGGGACAUAUUACCGGAAAUUGCGUCGGUGGAACCGAACCAAAUCAAUAGUAGACUCUACUCGGAACGGUGGUUUCUCUGGGCUGGCGAUAGCAUCCUCAAUGGAUCCCACUUCAAUACUUAAGCACGCUAUUCCCCUCCUACGCGGAGGCGCCAACAUCGCCAUUUACUCUCCAACGAUUGAACCUCUUGUCCUGUUGUCAGACAACUAUUCCACCUCUCGACGUACAGCCUUCAUCACUUCCCCGCCUCCCUCAUUCGCAUCACUCACCACAGAAGAAGACCGGGAUAACUGGCAAGGAGACGAGGACUUCCCGCUCAAUCCGACCCUGGUGCUAAACGCAAGUGUACAAAGCGCGAGAGUGAAGAGGUGGCAGGUCUUACCCGGUCGAACACAUCCAAUUAUGACUGGAAAGGGAGGAGCAGAAGGAUAUCUGUUCACAGCUAUAAGAGUGAUCCCGGCUCGUGGGAAAAUCGAAGCUCGAGGGAAGUUUGGGAAGAAGAGGAAGGUUGAUGAUAAUGUUGCUACGCCAGAUGAGACACAAUCAAGUGUCAAGAAGGAAAAGUUGGAUGAUGGAGUUGUAGCGCAGAAUAUUGAUGAGCUUGCGCAAGAAAUUAAUGGAGGUACAGAAACUACGCCUAAAACCAAGACAGAAGGCGAUAUAGAGAUGGCCUCACCGUCUCCCUAA